CUGCUGAGAACCAUGGAGUUUUUCAGGUUUCUGGUCCUGGUCUUGUGGUUAUUUGGCUGUGUGGCAGGAGCGGCUCCUCACAGCCCAAAGAAGAACCAAAGAGAAGAUGUUGUGGCCAGCUGUGACUUCAACCAGGACAGCGAUCCAUUCUGCCAGUUCAGACAGGACAUUGCAGAUUACAAUGACUGGAUCCGACACAAGGGUCCAACUCCAACACCAGGCACUGGUCCUGAUGGAGACUACCCUGACGGAAAUGGCCACUACAUUUACCACGAGUGUGACAACGUGCCAAAUGGACAAAAAGCUCGUCUGCUGAGUCCUGCCAUCUCCACACCAGCGUCAAAGUUCUGUGUUCGGUUCCGGUAUUUCAUGUAUGGUUAUGAUGAUCAGAAUGUGUUGAGAGUGCUGUUAAAAACUCCCAGUGCAGAAGUGGAGCUCUGGAAAAAGACUGGCAUCCAGAGUUCAUCCUGGCUUGAAGGUUCCAUCACCGUUUCCAAACCAAGCAGUCAGAGCAUGACUGUUGUGUUUGAGGCUCAAAGAGGCAUCUCUGAGUCGUGCGACUCAGCUCUGGACAAUAUCAUCAUUACUGUGGGAGAAUGUCCUGCCUGUGAAUCUGGUUGUGAUUUUGACACUCUUGACAACUUGUGUGGGUGGACAACUUACAACGAUAAUACCGAUAUGUUCGGUUUUGGUCAGUGGACAGGGUCUACAGAAACCGAAGGAACUGGACCUGAUGAUGACUUCUCCAAACCUGGAUUGGGAUCGUACAUGCUCAUGGAUUCAUUGGACACGAUCCCUGGAGCCAGUUCUCAGAUCAGAAGUCCUGUAAUUCCAUCCUCUCCUGGAUGUUUGGAGCUUAGCUUCCACUACUAUCUGUAUGGUACAAGCACCACCAUGCAGCUCAGUGUCCACAGCGUUUCAUCAGGUGGAAGCCUUGGGCCCACUCUCUUCACUGUCACAGGGAACCAAGGUCAAGGCUGGAAGCCUGUAGAAGUCCGCUUUGUGGGAACCACUGAAACUCAGUUUGCCAUUGUGGGCACCUAUGGAGAAACUCCUCUGACUGAUAUUGCUGUUGAUGCAGUGUGUAUUAUGACCUGCAAAGUUGAGCCAACAACUCCUGGACCAACUACACCCAAACCAACUACACUUAAACCAACCACACCUAAACCAACAAGUCCUGGACCAACCACACCUAAACCAACAACUCCUGGACCAACUACACCUAAACCAACAACUCCUGGACCAUCCACAGCUAAACCAACAACUCCUGGACCAACUACACCUAAACCAACAACACCUCUACUAACCACACCUAAACCAACUACACCUAAACCAACAACUUUUAGGCCAACCACAACCACUACUUCAAAUCCUUGUCCGCCCAAUGCAGAAUAUAUAGAUUGUGGUCCUGCUUGUAUCCCCACAUGUAUGGAACCAUCCACCAACUGUUCUGGUUCCUGUCUAAGUGGCUGCUUCUGUAAACCUGGAUUUCUCUUCAAGGGACGACGGUGUGUGCCAGUGGAUAAAUGUGGAUGUUUAGAUGACGAAAAUAACUACUAUGAGCCUGGUGAGAUAGUAUCUGGAGAUGGCUGCACAAAACUGUGUCGCUGUAUUGGAAACUACACUUUGGAGUGCUUUGAUAACUUCUGUGAUCCCACUGAAGAGUGCAGAGAAGUUAAUGGUGUUUCCAGCUGUUAUCCUAAAGGUACAUCAACUUGCAUCAUAUCUGGAGACCCUCACUACACAACCUUUGACAAGAGCAAAUAUGAUUUUAUGGGUAACUGCAGUUAUCUAAUGUCUGGGCGCUGCAACAACACAACUCUGCCAUUCUUUGAGGUUCAUACAGACAAUGAAAAUCGAUAUAACACGCCUAGCAUCUCCUACGUCAAGGCUGUACAUGUAUAUGUACACAUGCUGCAGAUCUCCAUUCUUAAAGGUGGCACUGUGCAGGUGAACAAGACCAUGGUCAACAUCCCUGUGAGUCCUGCAGCUGGCGUUUCUGUCUUCAAGUCAGGGAAACAUUACACUGUGUCCAUGAACUUUGGUGUCAUAGUUCGCUACGAUGGAAACCAUUUCGUGGACCUGAAAAUAAUCAAAGACUAUCAGAACAAACUGUGUGGUUUGUGUGGAGACUAUAAUGGAGAUGCUAAAGACGAUUUCCGUAGACCAGAUGGAACCUUGACCAACAAUGCUAAUGACUUUGGACACAGCUGGAACACUGAUCCAGAGUGUAAUAAGAAACCAAACACCACCCUCCCUGGAUGUGAUGAAGCAGAGGAGGAGCUCUAUGAGAACUCUGAACACUGUGGUUUCCUGCUGGACAAAAACGGACCAUUUGCUGUGUGCCACCACAAAGUCAACCCCAACAGUUAUUUUAGGGACUGUGUCUUUGACUUGUGUGAACUGGAUGGAGCCAAGGCCAUUCUGUGUGAAGCCAUUGAGGCCUAUGUCAACGAGUGCCAGGAUCGUGGGGUCACCGUCAGACCAUGGAGAAAUGAGACAUUUUGCCCUCUGAAGUGCUCCCCCAACAGCCAUUAUGAGUCCUGUGCAGACCCCUGUCAGGAGACAUGUACUGGACCGCCCCCCUCCUGCAGUGGAACCUGCUCAGAGGCCUGUGUGUGUGAUCCUGGUUACGUCCUGAGUGCUGGGAAAUGUGUCCAGAAGAAUUCUUGUGGCUGCAAAUUCACAAAUGGCCAGUAUUACAAGCCUGGUGAGGAGUUUUAUCUGGAGAACUGCCAGCUGAAGUGUAGGUGUGAUGCGCCUCUUGUUGUCUGCGAGGCCUCUGACUGCCCACCGAUGCAUGAGUGCAAACUCCAGGAUGGACAGCUGGGCUGUUUCCCUUCAGGUUCUCAGGACUGCGUGGUCUCUGGAGAUCCUCACUACAACACAUUCGACAAGAAGUUUUACAGCUUUAUGGGAACCUGCACCUACACUCUGGCCAGAACAUGCCGGAACAACACAGGUCCAUGGUUUUCUGUGGAGGCCAAGAAUGAGGAAAGGGGAGUAUCAGGUGUGUCCUACCUGAGAAAACUUUACGUCACAGUGAACAGAGUAACUGUCACCCUGAUGAAGUCCAGGCGAACUCUGGUGAAUGGUGUGCGAGUGUCUCUCCCUUACUCCCCCUCAGCCCUCAUGUCUCUCAGUCUUGCCGGUCAGUACGUCACUCUGCAAACAAUGUUUGGCCUUCGGGUGCGUUGGGAUGGAAACCAUUACGCUCAGAUCUCUGUUCCAAGCUCCUACCAUGACCAGAUGUGUGGUCUCUGUGGGGACUACAAUGGAAACCCUAACAAUGACUUCACCAAACCAGAUGGCACAUUGGCUGGAAAUGUCAAUGACUUUGGUAAUAGCUGGCAGACAGAGGAGGACGAAGAUGACUUGUGUACGCCUGGCUCUAAGCCUGACCCAGACUGUGACCCCAACCUUGAGACUGAAGUAGUGAAGCCAGAUAAAUGUGGCAAAAUUAAAGAUUCUGCAGGACCCUUCAGGGAGUGCAUCAGUGUGGUCGAUCCCACUCCGUUCUUCCAAAGCUGUGUUUACGACAUGUGCCAGUUCAACGGGCAGCAGCAUGUGCUUUGUGACCAGCUGCAGGCCUAUACCGAUGCCUGCCAGCAUGCCGGAGCUAAGGUCCAACAGUGGAGGACUCCAGACUUCUGCCCCCUGGGCUGCCCUCCAAACAGCUCUUACUCCUUGUGUGUGAGCUCAUGCCCUGAGACAUGUCUGGGUGUUGUCGGGCCCCUGGGAUGCGAGGACAUCUGUGUGGAGGGUUGUCAGUGUGACCUGGGCUUCAUCCUCAGCAAUGACAAAUGUGUGGCCCUGAAAGACUGUGGCUGUGUGGACACCAGUGGGACCUACCACCCUGUGGGGGAGGACUGGUUUUUGGAGGGAUGUGAGAAGAAGUGCGAGUGUCUCAGUGGAGGUCUGAUCCACUGUCAGGACAGCAGCUGUAAACCAGCAACUGAGAGCUGCCAGCUGCACGAUGGAGAGUACGCCUGCAGACCCGUUGGAAAUGGGAUCUGCUCCAUCUCCGGUGAUCCUCACUACACCACCUUUGACAAAUACACCCACCACUACAUGGGCGCCUGCUCCUACACCCUGACCAAACCCUGCAACGCCUCCUCUGACCUGCCACAAUUCACAGUGGAGACCCAGAACGAGCACCGAGGAAGCAACAGGAAGGUCUCCUACGUCAGAGCUGUGCAGAUCAAAGUCAACAAUGUCACCGUCAUCCUUGGCAAGGGACGCACAGUACAGGUCAACGGAACAGCCGUCACACCACCCGUCACCCCUGCCACUGGGCUGAAUGUCUACCUGAGUGGAAAGUUUGUGGUUAUGGAGACCUGGUUCGGUUUGAGGGUCCGGUUUGAUGGGAAUCACCAUGCAGACGUCACCAUACCAAGCAGCUACAGGGGCCAGCUCUGUGGAAUGUGUGGAAACUUCAAUGAAAACCCCAAAGAUGACAACUUGAAGCCAGACAACACGGCAGCUUUAAACAGCAAUGAGCUGGGAGACAGCUGGGAGGUGCCUGACUCGCGACCCAAUUGCACCAAUGGAGGAGGACAGGAGGAGUGUGACCCGCAGGUGGAAGAGGAGGCCAAGAAGCCCACCAGCUGUGGACUUAUCACCGAUCCCAAGGGGAUCUUUAGGUCAUGCCACUCUGUCAUCCCCCCGGAGUCGUACUUUGAAAACUGUGUGUAUGACAUGUGUGCCACCGGAGGUCAGACCGUGGCUCUGUGCCAGGCCAUCGAGAGCUAUGCUGACAUGUGUGCUACUGCAGGAGUUCCUGUCUUCUGGAGGAACAACACCUUCUGCCCACUAAAGUGCCCCCCUGGCAGUUAUUAUGACCCAUGUGGCCCUGCUUGCCCCCAGCCCAGCUGUCAGGAUCCUGCAGGUGUGAGGGGCUUCUGUGACCGACCCUGUGUGGAGGGCUGUGUCUGUAACCCUGACCUGGUCCUCAGUGGAGACAAAUGUGUGCCCCUCAGUGAAUGUGGCUGCGCUGGUGAAGAUGGAAAAUACCACCCGGUGUGUAAUACCACUCAGGUGACACCCUUCAAAGUAGUGGCUAAAAACGAAGAGCGUGGUCAACCAGAGGCUUCCUACGUCCGCUUGGUCAAAGUCUUUUUACCCCACAACACUGAGGUUGAGCUACAGAAGGGCCGCAGAGUUCUGUUGAACGGGCGGCGGGUACGAACCCCUUUUUCCAUUGAUUUGGUGGGAGCCAAAGUGAUAACCAGUGGAUCCUACAGUCUGCUGGACACAAACUUUGGUUUGCAAGUGAAGUUUGAUGGAGUCCAUCACCUGGAAAUCAUUGUUCCUGGAGAGCACUUCAAUAAGGUGUGUGGCAUGUGUGGAAACUACAAUCAUGAUGGCUCUGAUGAUAACCUGAUGCCUAACAAUAAACCAGCUAAGGAUGCCAUUGAACUGGGUAACAGCUGGAAAUCAGAAGGCGACAGUGAUCCUGGCUGUCAGCCAGACACUCGUCCAGACGUCCACCCAAACUGCACCACAGAGGAGGAGAAGCUGUACAAGGACCAGUGUGCCCACACCAUCCUCUCUGAGCUCUUCAGGCCCUGCCACUCUCUGGUGCCCCCUGAAGCCUUCCUGGGGAACUGUGUCUACGACAUGUGUGAGUACAACGGCAUGCAAGUGACCCUGUGUGACAAUGUGGAGGCCUACGCUCAGGCCUGUCAGAGCACCGGAGUCACCGUCAGCUGGAGGAACAACACCUUCUGCCCCGUGCCAUGCCCUCCUAACAGCCACUACUCUGACUGCACCGAGCCUUGCCCCCCCACCUGCUCUGACCUCUUCCCCAUAUUCUGCCACCUCCCUCCAACCACUUGUGUGGAGGGUUGUGAAUGUAACGCUGGCUUUGUUCUAAGUGACAACAAAUGUGUUCCUCUGGACAAGUGUGGCUGCCUGGACUCAGACGGAGAAUAUCAUGAUGUGGGAGACUCAUGGCUGACAGAUAAAUGUGCUAAGUCCUGUUCGUGUAACCUGGGUGGUACAAUUACGUGUUUGGACAACAGCUGUAACUCAAACUCUGUUUGCACUCUGGACAAGUAUGGAGACCUGUACUGCCAUCCCACCAAGUUUGACAGGUGCAGCGUCUCUGGAGACCCUCACUAUCGAACAUUUGAUGGGUUCACACAUCACUUCCAGGGACCUUACACCUACAUCCUGGCUCAGGACCAUAAUCUGCAAAGCAACCUGGUGCCUCUGCUGGUUAGAGGGAAGAACAUUAGACGAGGAGGCAACAAAAGGGUCUCGUUCCUGGACCAGAUGUAUGUGGACAUCUACAAUGUCAACGUCCGCUUCUUGCAGAAGAGAGUUGUCCUGGUGAACGGGGAGCUAGUCACUCCUCCUCUAAGUCCAGUCAGUGGUUUAACCAUCACUAUGAACUCAAGGCAGGUCCAGCUCACCACAGACUUUGGACUCACUGUAAACUUCGAUGGAAACAGCCGUGGAGAGGUCAUACUCCCCAGCACCUACAGGUACUCAGUCCGAGGACUGUGUGGGAACUACGAUGGUAUCACCAGAAAUGAGUACAUGAAGCCUGAUGGGACAGUGGUCCAGGACCUGAACGUGUUUGGAGAAAGCUGGAGAGUCGGUGAUCGACAGGCUGAUGGACCAAAUACGUCUAACUUCCCUAUAAAUGUCCGCACCCACAGACGGGAGGUGGAGACUGAUCCAGAUUCUGGAUUUGAGACGUCGGACUGCUCUCAGGCUCAGCUCAGUGACUACAGUAGCGUGAUGAAGUGUGGAGCUCUGUCAGACCUGAUGGGACCGUUUGCUUCCUGCCACACUGCUGUGCCACCCAGGACCUACCAGGAUGACUGCAUGUUCGACCUGUGUGCUGAGCAAGGCAGUGCGGAGUUGCGCUGUGCCAGCUACGAAGCGUAUGCUACCGCCUGUCAGGAGGCCGGGGUCCAGCUAGGAUCUUGGAGGCAGCAGCUGGACUGUGUCCUUCGCUGCAACACCAAUAGCACAUAUUCAUCUUGUAUGUCAGCGUGUCCUGCGUCCUGCGCCAACAUGGCAGCACCCUCUGAGUGUGACAUGACUUCCUGUGUGGAGGGCUGCCGGUGUGCUGCAGGCUUUGUCAUGAGUGAGGGGACAUGUGUCCCAUAUCCAGACUGUGGCUGCACCUUCCUGAACCGAUACUACCCUCUUGGUGAGCAGUUUGUAACUGAAGACUGCUCCCAGUCCUGUGAGUGCAGCAGAACCGGUGCUGUGUGUCAGAUGAAGACCUGUCAGGAUGGAUACAUCUGCACCAUUUAUAACCUCAAGAGAGACUGCUACAAAGCAAGUCCCUGCCUCAGCUCACCUUGCUUAAAUGGAGGAACUUGCUCUGAGGGAGCCAACCACACAUACACCUGUUGGUGUCCAGAUGGGUUUGAAGGUCCAAACUGUGAAGUGGAGAAGACCCCAGGAGAGGUCACACCAAGUGACAGGCUGGAAACCAAAUGGAUCAUCGUGAUCGUGGUCCUGGUCUCAGUUGCUGUCAUCACCAUGCUGACAACCACAGUGUGUGUCUGCAGAAACAAGAGAAGGAAACAGAAGAAUAAAGACAACACAAAGUUCAGCCUGAAAUCAACAAGUGAGUACAAAACUGAAGAUCUGAAACAGAUUAAUACUGAAGACCUAAACAAAAAUUAA